AUGGGGCAUACGAGUCAUUGCAAGAACUCACCCGAUUCAAGGAAAUCCUGCAAUUCCUUCUAUUACAAACCAACUAAAAAAUCCAUGUUCAAAGAAAUAGUUAACAAAAACCAAAAGGUAGCAGUUGUACUUCAUACAGAUUCAAUUUUUUCAUUGACAUCUUUACUUUCACCCAAAUCGGAGAAUGCCACAGUGGACAGAAGGUUUAUCUUGAGUGGGGAUACCGAAUCUAGUUAUACUCCAAGUGUAUGGAGAAAUAGCAAAAUACUUUCAUUUCUUACUCCAGAAAAUCAAACCUCCGGAAUCUUGAAGCAAAACAGAGAAAUCAGGAACGAUAUUCUGCAUGGGUGCCAUGUAUUUGGACAGAAGGUUUAUCUUGAGGUGAUGACUGAAAGGACAAAUGUCCUUGGAAUGAAGAACUUUUGUGGGAGACGUUUCAAUGCUUACAAGGACUGCAGGGGAUUUAGGAGGCCAUAUGUUGACUAUGACCAACGGCCUGACAUGUUCAGGGGAACAGUUAGAUAUGCUAGUGUGCAUGCACACUUGGGUAGGACUGCAAGUAGAAGAGAUGAUCUGGAAUCUCUUGCAUAUACACUCAUAUUUCUUCAUCGAGGCAGGCUUCCUUGGCAAGGGUAUCAGGGUGACAAUAAAUCAUUUCUAGUGUGCAAGAAGAAAAUGGCGACAUCUCCUGAAAUGUUGUGUGUGUUUUGCCCUGCACCUGUAAGGCAGUUUCUGGAGAUAGGACCCAAUCCUGCUAUAAACACAGAUGGUGCUCAAAAGAUCAUCUGUCAAGUUGGUCAAAAGCGGGGAAGAUUGAAUCUUGAUGAGGAUGAUGAUGGACAGCCUUCAAAGAAAAUCCGAAUGGGAGUCCCUGCAACACAGUGGAUUUCAAUUUACAAUGCCAGGCUAGCAAUGAAACAAAGGUAUCAUUACAAUGUUGCAGAUGCAAGAUUAAGCCAACAUGUUGAGAGAGGAAAUGCUGAUGGCUUACUUAUAAGCUGUGUGUCAUCUUGUUCCAACUUAUGGGCUUUGAUAAUGGAUGCUGGGACAGGGUUUUCAAGCCAAGUUUAUGAACUUUCUCCUUUCUUCUUACACAAGGAAUGGAUUAUGGAACAAUGGGAGAAGAAGUAUUACAUCAGCUCUAUUGCUGGUGCUAACAAUGGAAGCUCUCUGGUGGUUAUGUCAAAAGGGACACAGUACUCUCAACAGUCUUACAAAGUUAGCGACUCGUUCCCUUUCAAGUGGAUAAACAAGAAAUGGAGAGAAGGGUUUCAUGUGACAUCCAUGGCAAAAUCGAAACAUUCUAAAAUAUGGUUAAUGUGGAAGGAGAUAAAUGUCAUUGAUGAGCAACAAUCGUUGCUUGGGCUGGACUUUCGGCAUUAUGGAAGGAGAAGAACACCGUUUGUCUGUGAAAUUGCAAUGAUCUCGACCGUGGUGAUCAUAGAGAACGAGGGAAAUACAGAUCAACCGGUAAAGAAACUGAAGACGAAGAGGGGUUUAUUGUUGACGACUUUUAGCGGCAAAGUCUGCUCAUUUGCGGAGGAAGACAACACGGAGUGUCCUACUUUUGUGAGAGCUGAACCCUAA